AUGGUGGGUUGGUGUGCUGUACCGGGUUGUAACACACAGGAAGAUGAAGAUAUUCUUUAUCAUUGCUUGCCGGCGAAUGAUAUGCAAAGAUGCAGACGAUGGUUAGCAGCUAUACAAAAGGAUGUCAAUUUACCAGUGGAAAGGCAUAAACAUUUCUUAGUGUGCGAACACCACUUCAGACCAGAGGAAUAUGAAAGGGAUUUGAUGGGUGCCAAACAUAAGAAAAAGCUCAAAUCCACCGCGAUUCCCACCAUAUUUCCAUGGACUGAUGACAUUUUGAAGAGAAUUCAGCCACACCGAAAAAAUGUGAAUGCGGCCGGAAGUGGUAUGUUGCUGGUAGGUUUGCGAAUUUCCCUGAGAAACACUGCCACCAAAACUGAACGUUAGCGCCCCCAUUAUGCAAAAUUCGGCUAGCUAAACAGCUAGUUUUUUCCCAAAGCCUCAAUUUCCCAAUAUUGGGGACCAAUGAAAAUGUAUAAUAUCUGUGUCAUAGUUUCAUAAUCAAAUAUCACAUGCCAGGGCAGUUUAUCAACUACAAUGCUUGCAAUGUAGUACUUGUAACCAUACUAGUGCAGUGUUGUGAUGCAGGUCUGAUUCAUAUAGGUAAACAUGUAGCGUCAUAGAACUAGGAAUUAGAAUAAUAGAAUGGACAAACUACACUACAUACAAAGGUAUGUGGACAUCUGCUCGUCGAACAUCUCAUUCCAAAAUCAUGGGCAUUUAAUAAUAUAAUAAUAAUAAUAUGCCACUUAGCAGACACUUUUAUCCAAAGCGACUUACAGUCAUGCGUGCAUACAUUUUUUGUGUAUGGGUGGGCCCGGGGAUCGAACCCACUACCCUGGCGUUACAAGCGCCGUGCUCUACCAGCUGAGCUACAGAGGACCUCCAUUUAAUAUGGAGUUGGUCCCCCUUUUGCAGCUACAACAGCCUCCACUCUUCUGGGAAGGCUUUCUACUAGAUGUUGGAACAUUGCUGCAGGGACUUGCUUCCAUUCAGCCACAAGAGCAUUAGUGAGGUCGGGCACUGAUGUUGGGCGAUUAGGCCUGGCUCGCAGUCGGCGUUCCAAUUCAUCCCAAAGGUGUUCAAUAGGGUUGAGGUCAGGGCUCUGUGCAGGCCAGUCAUGUUUUUCCACACCUUGAGGGUUUAUGACACAGCCCCUCUAGCAAUUUAAGACGAUCUCUAUGGAGAAUGACCUCUGUGUUAUGACACCUCUCUGUCCUUUUCUCUUGUCUCCAUUGUAGAGUGCAGUUGGCAGAAUCGGUGCCAAACCAAAAGGUGAGCCUGCCACAACAACAACAGGAGCAGCAUCCCGGAUGUCAACAUCAGUGGUCCAACAACCUGCUGUAGUUCCUGUUGCUUUUUCACCGCAGACUGUGAAGGUCAGACUGCAGCCUCUUGUGGUAUCCAGGGGGAAGUUUCCCCUAGGUACAGAUCUAGGAUCAGCUUCCCCUCCCCCAAUCCUAACCAUAACCAUAAUUGGGGAAAAUGCAGAACUUACACAAGCUCAUCGUCCAGCGGCAACUUCAACCCUAUGUAACCGGUAUGAAAUGGCUAGCUAGUUAGCGGUGCGCGCUAGUAGCAUUUCAAUCGGGUGACGUCACUCGCUCUGAGACCUUGAAGUAGUUGUUUCCCUUGCUCUGCAAGGGCCGCGGCUUUUGUGGAGUGACGGGUAACGGUACUUCGAGGGUGACUGUUGUCGAUGUGUGCAGAGGGUCCCUGGUUCAAGCCCAGGUAGGGGCGAAGAGAGGGACGGAAGCAACACUGUUACACCUACACCCUCUUGCUCAUAUGCAUUUACCAUCACUCCUCUAAAAAUAUGCUUAGAAUGCCCAGUGUUGCAGAUGUGAUCUGUGUAAAAUAUGGUAGCACGCAUGGAGAAUGACCGCUGUGUUAUGACACCUCUCUGUCCUUUUCUCUUGUCUCCAUUGUAGAGUGCAGUUGGCAGACUCGGUGCCAAACCAAAAGGUGAGCCUGCCACAACAACAACAGGAGCAGCAUCCCGGAUGUCAACAUCAGUGGUCCAACAACCUGCUGUAGUUCCUGUUGCUUUUUCACCGCAGACUGUGAAGGUCAGACUGCAGCCUCUUGCUCACAUGCAUUUGCAAUAAGUCCCCCCAAAAUAUGCUUAGAAUGCACAGUGAAAAACUCAAAUAAUGGCAAUGGAAAACAUAAAAUUAAUAACUACAGCAAUCCUUUAAAUUGACCACAAAAAAAUAUUAAAUACUUAAGAUGCUUAAUAAGUGACAACAAAUAUAAAGAUAAUUUUAUUCCAUUACUCAACUCUAUGAAAGUAGAUCUAAUUAAAUUGAAUAAUCUUCCAAUAAAUCUUCCAGGUAAAUUAAACCUCUUUUAGAAUGGUUGUUGUAUUUAUUUUAGAUAAUCCCAACUACCCCACCAAAGACAUUCUUUAAAAUGUAUACUCGGUCAUAAGACUUUAUAUGGGAAAAUACAAUUCAUAGAAUAAAAAGGAAAGUUUGACAUCUAAGUCUGAGGGUGGUUUUAACCUUCCAGACUUGGAAUUGCAUCAACUCGCUACCCAGGGCUUUUACUAGCGACAUAUAAAUGCAUUAAAGAGGAACAAUGGGAACAUAUUGAAGAUGCGCAUUCUCAUCCCCAGAAUCGUUUUAAGUGUACAUUUUUCAAAGGAUGAAGCUAAAAACAUUAACAACUUCAUAGUUAAGGACACUGUAACAAAAUGGAAGAAAAUGAAACGUAUUCUACAAACAAAUAUCACUUCCGGAAAACACAACCUUAUGGAACCAUCCUUGGAUAGCAUUUCAGAUUUCACAGAUAAAUUGGUCCACAUAGAAAACUAAAGGCAUAGAAAACCGUAAAUAACUUGGUAACAGCAAAUACAUGUAUUUAUUUCCAUGACAGAAUUAAAAAGUAAUUUUGGCCUGACUAAUGUAGAUAGUUUAAAUACAUGCAACUUAAAAGUUGAAUCUGCAAUAGGUAAGCAGCUUGGUUUUAAGAAAUCAACUGUGGGAGCAAUUAUUAGGAAAUGGAAGACAUACAAGACCACUGAUAAUCUCCCUCGAUCUGGGGCUCCACGCAAGAUCUCACCCCGUGGGGUCAAAAUGAUCACAAGAACGGUGAGCAAAUAUCCCAGAACCACACAGGGGGACCUAGUGAAUGACCUGCAGAGAGCUGGGACCAAAGUAACAAAGCCUACCAUCAAUAACACACUACGCCGCCAGGGACUCAAAUCCUGCAGUGCCAGACGUGUCCCCCUGCUUAAGCCAGUACAUGUCCAGGCCCGUCUGAAGUUUGCUAGAGUGCAUUUGGAUGAUCCAGAAGAGGAUUGGGAGAAUGUCAUAUCAGAUGAAACCAAAAUAGAACUUUUUGGUAAAAACUCAACUCGUCGUGUUUGGAGGACAAAGAAUGCUGAGUUGCAUCCAAAGAACACCAUACCUACUGUGAAGCAUGGGGGUGGAAACAUCAUACUUUGGGGCUGUUUUUCUGCAAAGGGACCAGGACGACUGAUCCGUGUAAAGGAAAGAAUGAAUGGGGCCAUGUAUCGUGAGAUUUUGAGUGAAAACCUCCUUCCAUCAGCAAGGGCAUUGAAGAUGAAACGUGGCUGGGUCUUUCAGCAUGACAAUGAUCCCAAACACACCGCCCGGGCAACGAAGGAGUGGCUUCGUAAGAAGCAUUUCAAGGUCCUGGAGUGGCCUAGCCAGUCUCCAGAUCUCAACCCCAUAGAAAAUCUUUGGAGGGAGUUGAAAGUCUGUGUUGCCCAGCGACAGCCCCAACACAUCACUGCUCUAGAGGAGAUAGGAAUGGGCCAAAAUACCAGCAACAGUGUGUGAAAACCUUGAAGACUUACAGAAAAUGUUUGACCUGUGUCAUUGCCAACAAAGGGUAUAUAAAAGUAUUGAGAAACUUUUGUUAUUGACCAAAUACUUAUUUUCCACCAUAAUUUGCAAAUAAAUUCAUUAAAAAUCCUACAAUGUGAUUUUCUGGAAUUUUUCUCUCUCAUUUUGUCUGUCAUAGUUGACGUGUACCUAUGAUGAAAAUUACAGGCGCCUCUCAUCUUUUUAAGUGGGAGAACUUGCACAAUUGGUGGCUGACUAAAUACUUUUUUCCCCCACUGUAAAUGUACUUUUAAUCUGUCUGUCUGCAUAUUUCAAGACAUGUCAUAUGAGGAUGUAGUGAGAUACCCGGUGGGUUGGACGAUUCUCUUUUCAUCACUCGCCUUAAAAAACGUAUACUAAAAACUUGGAAAUCAAUCAAUCCUCCAUCGUUAACACAAUGAAAAAAUCGAAUGAUUAUUGAAAUAUUGAAAGUGCGUGGGCUAGGGAGAGAAACAAAAUGGUGCAGUUUCAGGCCAUGUGGCAAACAAUAAUGCAGGGUCUGGGCAUGGGGGUCUGGGCAUGGGGGUCUGGGCAUGCGGGAAUGACCGCUGUGUUAUGACACCUCUCUGUCCUUUUCUCUUGUCUCCAUUGUAGAGUGCAGUUGGCAGACUCGGUGCCAAACCAAAAGGUGAGCCUGCCACAACAACAACAGGAGCAGCAUCCCGGAUGUCAACAUCAGUGGUCCAACAACCUGCUGUAGUUCCUGUUGCUUUUUCACCGCAGACUGUGAAGGUCAGACUGCAGCCUCUUGUGGUAUCCAGGGGGAAGUUUCCCCUAGGUACAGAUCUAGGAUCAGCUUUAAGCUUGGGCGGUGGCUUGCGAAAGUAUUCACUCCCCUUGGCAUUUUUCCUAUUUUGUUGCCUUACAACCUGGAAUUAAAAUGGAUUUUUGGGGGGUUUGUAUCAUUUGAUUUAUACAACAUGCCUACCACUUUGAAGAUGUAAACAUUUUUUGUGUGUGAAACAAACAAGAAAUAAGACAACAAAACAGAACUUGAGCGUGCUUAACUAUUCACCCCCCCAAAUCAAUACUUUGUAGAGCCACCUUUUGCAGCAAUUACAGCUGCGAGUCUCUUGGGGUAUGUCUCUAUAAGCUUGGCACAUCUAGCCACUAGGAUCUUUGCCCAUUCUUCAAGGCAAAACUGCUCCAGCUCCUUCAAGUUGGAUGGGUUCCGCUGGUAUCCAGCAAUCUUUCAUUCAUACCACAGAUUCUCAAUUGGAUUGAGGUCAGGGCUUUGACUAGGCCAUUCCAAGACAUGUAAAUGUUUCCCCUUAAACCACACGAGUGUUGCUUUAGCAGUAUGCUUAGGGUCAUUGUCCUGCUGGAAGGUGAACCUCCGUCUCAGUCUCAAAUCUCUGGAAGACUGAAACAGGUUUCCCUCAAGAAUUUCCCUGUAUUUAGCACCAUCCAUCAUUCCUUAAAUUCUGACCAGUUUCCCAGUCCCUGCCGAUGGAAAAACAUUCCCACAGCAUGAUGCUGCCACCACCAUGCUUCACUGUGGGGAUGGUGUUCUCGGGGUCAUGAGAGGUGUUGGGUUUGCACCAGACAUAGCGUUUCUCCUUGAUGGCCAAAAAGCUAAAUUUUAGUCUCAUCUGACCAGAGUACCUUCUUCCAUAUGUUUGGGGAGUCUCCCACAUGCCUUUUGCCGAACAUUUACAUUUUUUACAUUUUAGUCAUUUAGCAGACACUCUUAUCCAGAGCGACUUACAGUUAGUGAAUACAUAUUUUUUUAUACAGGCCCCCCGUGGGAAUUGAACCCACAACCCUGGCGUUGCAAACGCCAUGCUCUAUCAACUGAGCUACAUCCCUGCCGGCCAUUCCCUCCCCUACCCUGGACGACGCUGGGCCAAUUGUGCGCCGCCCAUGAGUCUCCCGGUCGCGGCCGGCUGCGACAGAGCCUGGAUUCGAACCAGGAUCUCUAGUGGCACAGUUAGCUCUGCGAUGCAAUGCCUUAGACCACUGCGCCACUCAGGAGGACUGUUUGCUUAUUUUUUUCUUUAAGCAAUGGCUUUUUUCUGGCCACUCUUCCGUAAAGCCCAGCUCUGUGGGGUGUACGGCUUAAAGUGGUCCUAUGGACAGAUACUCCAAUCUCCGCUGUGGAGCUUUGCAGCUCCUUCAGGGUUAUCUUUGGUAUCUUUGUUGCCUCUCUGAUUAAUGCCCUCCUUGCCUGAUCCGUGAGUUUUGGUGGGCAGCCCUCUCUUGGCAGGUUUGUUGUGGUGCCAUAUUCUUUCCAUUUUUUAAAUAAUGGAUUUAAUGGUGGGAUGUUCAAAGUUUCUGAUUUUUUUAUAACCCAACCCUGAUCUGUACUUUUAAUAUAAUCUCUGACCUGAUCUAGUCCCUGACCUGUUUGGAGAGCUCCUUGGUCUUCAUGGUGCCGCUUGCUUGGUGGUGCCUCUUGCUUAGUGGUGUUGCAGACUCUGGGGCCUUUCAGAACAGGUGUGUGUGUGUGUGUGUGUGUGUGUAUAUAUAUAUAUACACUGUGAUCAUGUGACAGAUCAUGUGACACUUAAAUAAAGUCCACCUGUGUGCAAUCUAACUAAUUAUGUGACUUCUGAAGGUAAUUGGUUGCACCAGAUCUUAUUUAGGGGCUUCAUAGCAAAGGGGGUGAAUACAUAUGCACGCAACACUUUUCCGUUAUUAAUUUUUUUGAAUUACAUUUACAUUUACAUUUUAGUCAUUUAGCAGACGCUCUUAUCCAGAGCGACUUACAGGAGCAAUUAGGGUUAAGUGCCUUGCUCAAGGGCACAUUUACGUCAUUUAGCAGACGCUCUUAUCCAGAGCGACUACAAAUUGGUGCAUUCACCCUAUAGCCAGUGGGAUAACCACUUUAAAAUUAUACUUUUUUUUUUUUGGGGGGGGGGGGGGGGGGGGGGGGGGGGUAGAAGGAUUACUUUAUCCUAUCCCAGGUGUUCCUUAAAGAGGUGGGGUUUCAAAUGUCUCCGGAAGGUGGUGAGUGACUCCGCUGUCCUGGCGUCGUGAGGGAGCUUGUUCCACCAUUGGGGUGCCAGAGCAGCGAACAGUUUUGACUGGGCUGAGCGGGAACUAUGCUUCCGCAGAGGAAGGGGAGCCAGCAGGCCAGAGGUGGAUGAACGCAAUGCCCUCGUUUGGGUGUAGGGACUGAUCAGAGCCUGAAGGUACGGAGGUGCCGUUCCCCUCACUGCUCCAUAGGCAAGCACCAUGGUCUUGUAACGGAUGCGAGCUUCAACUGGAAGCCAGUAGAGUGUGCGGAGGAGGGGGGUGACGUGAGAGAACUUGGGAAGGUUGAACACCAGACGGGCUGCGGCAUUCUGGAUGAGUUGUAGGGGUUUAAUGGCACAGGCAGGGAGCCCAGCCAACAGCGAGAAUUGUUUGAAACAAGUUAUUUUUUCAUUUCACUUCACCAAUUUGGACUUUUUUGUGUAUGUCCACUACAUGAAAUCCAAAUCCAAAUCCAUUUAAAUUACAGGUUGUAAUGCAACAAAAUAGGAAAAAUGCCAAGGGGGAUGAAUACUUUUGCAAGGCACUGUACCAUAUAAACCGUAUACCGGGUAUAUGGAAAUAGCCACAGGAUGUUUUUUCAAUACUGUAUUAACAUGUUUUUCAAUACAUUUUUAUAUUUGUAGCUACUUAUUAAGUAAAUACCUGCAGUCAGCUUGUGCAAUACAUUAGGAGAUGAAGCAGAUCGCGUUCUUCAUUUCACCACAUUAUUUUACAUUAUGAAGUUUACCGUAGUUCCCCAGAACAGUUGAGCCAGUCACAUGUGUUUGUAAAUAUCACAACGGGAGAAAGCAGGAUCAGGUGAGUCCAGCUGUGUAUUGACAGGGGUCGCGUUUUGUAUUGAAAGUCAACAGUGUUUUUUUGCUUCAAUAGAGUGAUAAGGGACGUGCAACGAUAGUUUUCCUUCACUGAAAAUACAUUAGUGCAACACAUUCGGCAGAGAAUAGCUUCAUUUUCAUCAGAUGACAACAGAAGUGCAACGCUAUUUAGCUGGCAGCCACACAAGUAAAUGAGCUUACAAUGAAAAAGCAAGGUAUUUUUUGCAAAAACGAUGCAUGGGCAUCAUAUUUCCCAAUGUUUUGCUUAAAGUUAAUCUGGUAUUUUACCUGAGAAAAGAACUGGAAAAAAGGAGGAGCUACACAUCAGUCAGUUGUUUUGCUGAUAGAAUGAAAACCCGUUUGUGAAUUCCCAUCCUAGUGGAGAAGUGCUUCUGAAGCACAAAAUGUGUCUGAGCAGAAAUUACACUGACCAAAAAAUAUAAAACGCAACAUGUAAAAUGUUGGUCCCAUGUUUCAUGAGCUGAAAUAAAAUAUCCUACUAUUUUCCAUAUGCACAAAAAGCUUAUUUAGCUCAGAUUUUGUGCACGAAUUUGUUUACAUCCCUGUUGGUGAGCAAUUCUCCUUUGCCAAGAUAAUCCAUCCACCUGACAGCUGUGUCAUAUCAAGAAGCUGAUUAAACCGCAUGAUCAUUACACAGGUGCACCUUGUGCUGGGGACAAUAAAGGCCACUCUAAAAUGUGCAAUUUUGUCACACAACACAAUGUCACAGAUAUUUCAAGUUUUGAGGGGGCGUGCAAUUGGCAUGCUGACUGCAGGAAUGUCCACCAGAGCUGUUGCCAGAAAAUGUAAUGUUAAUUUCUCUACCAUAAACCACCUUCAACGUUGUAUUAGAGAAUUUGCCAGUACGCCUAACAGGCCUCACAACCGCAGACCAUGUGUAACCACGCCAGCCCAGGACCUCCACAUCCGGCUUCUUCACCUGCUGGAUCAUCUGAGACCGGACAGCUGAUCAAACUGUGGGUUUGCACAACUGAAUAAUUUCUGCACAAACUGUUAGAAACCGUCUCAGGGAAGCUCAUCUGCAUGCUCGUCGUCCUCACCCUCACCAUGGUCUUGACAAAUGCUCACCUUCGACGAUGGCCACUGGCAUGCUGGAGAAGUGUGCUCUUCACAGAUGAAUCCCGGUUCAACUGUACCGGGCAGAUGGCAGACCAUAUAUGGCUGUAUGGUGUUGUGUGGGCGAGCGUUGUGAACAGAGUUCCCCAUGGUGGCGGUGGGGUUAUGGCAUGGGCCAGCAUAAGCUAUGGACAACAAACACAAUUGCAUUUUAUCUAUGGCAAUUUUAAUGCACAGAGAUAGCGUGACGAGAUCCUGAGGUCCAUUGUCGUGCCAUUCAACUGCCGCCAUCACCUCAUGUUUCAGCAUAAUAAUGCACGACCCCAUGUCGCAAGAAUCUGUACACAAUUCCUGGAAGCUGAAAAUGUCCCAGUUCUUCCAUGGCCUGCAUACUCACCAGACAUGUCACCCAUUGAGCAUGUAGGAGAGCGUGUUCCAGUUCCCGCCAAUAUCCAGCAACUUCGCACUGCCAUUGAAGAGGAGUGGGACAACAUUCCACAGGCCACAAUCAACAGCCUGAUCAACUCUAUGCGAAGGUGAUGUGUCACGCUGCAUGAGACAAAUGGUGGUCACACCAGAUACUGACUGGUUUUCUGAUCCACGUCGUUCCUACUUAAAAAAAAAAAUUAUAUCUGUGACCAACGGAUGCAUAUCUGUAGUCACAGUCAUCUGAAAUCCAUAGAUUAGGACAUCCAUUAGUUUAUUUCAAUUGACUGAUUUCCUUAUAUGAACUGUAACUCAGUCAAAUCUUUGAAAUUGUUACAUUUUGCGUUUUAUAUUUUUGUUCAAUGUACAAUAAGAAGCAUUUUAGGUCUUCGUUUACAAAACGCAGAAAGUUAUUUCUUAUGGGUUUUCUUAUUUUUUCCUGUGUGAAAAACGCGACGCCUACGUUUAACCUGCUAGUUAUCUAUAUUGAACAAAAAUAAAACACAACGUGACAAUUUGAACAAUUUUACUGAGUUAGUCCCCAGCACCUGUGUAUUGAUCAUGCUGUUUAAUCAGCUUCUUGAUAUGCCACACCUGUCAGAUGGAUGGAUUAUCUUGGCAAAGGAGAAAUGCUCACUGGCAGGGAUAUAAACAAAAUUGUGCACAUAAUUUGAAAGAAAUAAGCUUUGUGCGUACGGAAAAUUUCUGGGGUCUUUUAUUUCAGGUCUUGAAACAUGGGACCAACACUUUACAUGUUGCGUUUCUAUUUUUGUUCAGUGUAAGUAAGUGGCUGAAUUAAUAAAGGUGACGUGGCACCAUAUUGUGUUAGCUUUCUGCCGUAAUUUAGAAGUCAAAGCCCUUUGGAUGAGAUACCUGUACAGCUGCCACUGCUAUCUUUUCAUUUUUCAUAUUUAGCUAGCAGCCUCCAUGGAAGUUACUUGGGCUAAUUUUGUUAGCAUUCUGGUAAUAGACUCCCAAUGGACUUUUUAGCGUUUCUUGGCGCCCCCUUGUGUACUAAACCGGUAAUACAGUAAAUCCUGGGAUGUGUGAAGUACAGUAUGAUGAUAUGAAAAUCUGGAUAACACCCAAUCAGCUUCUCCAAUCCUAACCUUAACUAGAAUAGUGGAAAAUGCAGAAUUUACAACAUAUCAGCUCCCAGGGGCAACUUCAACCCUACACCCUCUUGCUCAUAUGCAUUUACCAUCAUUCCUCUAAAAAUAUGCUUAAAGUGCAUAUUGUUGCAGGUGUGAUCUGUGUAAAAUAUGGUAGCACGCAUGGAGAAUGACCGCUGUGUUAUGACACCUCUCUGUCCUUUUCUCGUCUCCAUUGUAGAGUGCAGUUGGCAGACUCGGUGCCAAACCAAAAGGUGAGCCUGCCACAACAACAACAGGAGCAGCAUCCCGGAUGUCAACAUCAGUGGUCCAACAACCUGCUGUAGUUCCUGUUGCUUUUUCACCGCAGACUGUGAAGGUCAGACUGCAUGCUCGUGUAUAUGCAUUUGCAAUGAGUCCCCCAAAAAGAUGCUUAGAAUUAUGGUAGAAAAUUCCCAGGUUUUCCAGAAAUCCCGGUAUGAGGUUUCCAGGAUUUCCUGCUUAUUCCCUCUUGAUUCUGUGAAUCUUCCACCUAGGAUUUCUGGAAAAAACCCGGAAAUAUUGGGAAAGUUAAUGGAAUUUUUUCUUAGAAUAUAUAGUGUUGUGUUGCAGAUCUGAUAUUCUUGAAGCAUGGUAGCAUGCAUGGAAAAUGUGACAACUCUCCCCCUUUGCUCCACUCCACAUUGUAGAGUGCAGUUGACAGACUUGCUAGUGGGCAGAUGACAGCAAGAGCAGCAUCCUGGAGGUAUCAAACUUAUAAAGAUGCAAAAGUGAGUAUGGUACUGUUAAGAUAAUUUAUUAACUAACUAUUUCAGUGUCUCUGUGCGUCUCCCAAAAGAUUGUAAGGCUUUUGGAUCAAGAAACGGACAGAGCCUUAGUGCAAUAGCCAGGUCUUUAUUCAGAGAAUUCUGUUAUCACAAUUUCAGGGUCCAUCUUUUAUACACACACGUCAUACAAAAAUCCCACACCUCUUUAGGCGGGCUGUAGUUUUCCACUUGAAAACUGCUCUCCUGACCAUCAGGUCACACACACACACACACACAUACAUACACACACACGUUCUUAUCAUAGUCUCGCUCCUCCCUAAAUUGGGAGGCCUCUUUAUCUUGGUUUCUCAGUUGUCUGUAGACAGUUCUCCUUGUCCUUUGUUGUCUGGUCUAACUCCUACUCACAUUGCUAAAUAGUAACACAAUGUCAUAAUCUUUACUGGUCCUACACUCACACAUUACCAGGUAGUAGAUUCUAACACAUCUCACACAGUUUCGGAGUGUAAUAAUUAGUCACUACUAAGAAAGUACUAAUCAUACUUAAAAACAAGAACAUUUCACAACUAUAUUUAAGGGUGGAACAUUUAGUCAUUACUUUUAACCUGUAUAUAUUUUAAUUUCUAUAUCAGGUACAAAAAUCUACAAAAUGACUAAUUCCAUCCACAAUCCUGUUCACCUUUCUUCUGAUCUGUGUGGACGGAAAAUGUGCAACUACAUCUUUCUUAUGGCCCUUUAUUUUAAUGUAGGUCAGUUUUCGAGUUGGCUCAUCACUACGAACCAGAGUACUUACGGGACCGUGGGAGGCAGUUGCAGAUAAUUUAGUGCGGGGUCGUUUCAAAGCUAUCCCCAGAAACCUAAUGGCAAUCCCUGGCCUGGGCCAUGCGAUGUUGGAGGAAGUGCUGAAGUUGGUAACUAAAGAAUGCGUCACCUUAGUUUCUAUGCGCUUCAACUCCGUCCUACGCCAGACUAGUCCCCUUUCACUUAAAACCUUCAACUGGACCACUGUGACUGACGAGUGGAAGACCUCGGCGCCGACCUUCCUCAGUUUUCUGUCCGCUAGCUCAGCUACAGCGUCCUUGAAUCCAAAUACAACCAAAUCAGCUAAAAGUUCCAUGGUGGCCAUGGCUGGCGCCUUACUACUUAGGGCUCGCUCAAAGAAUAUGUGUGCACCCAUGUACAGGACCUCAAUGUUGCUACGGCAAGGACGAACCAGGACCAGAUGCCAAAACAAGCUUGCAAAAAUGGGAGUUUGUGUUUCAAGUCACAGUAGCUUAACAAAGAGGAGAGAAAUUACACUUUCCUAUGAUAAAGACUUUGCUGCCUGCCAUACCCGGACCGCUAUUGAAGACCAACCAAUAAGCCCACCGACCAGCCCACCUCAUCCAGUGGUGAGUAGAGAUGAACAUCCGGUAUGUUUUCCUACAUACAGUGCCUUCAGAAAAUAUUCACACCACUUGACUUUUUCCCACAUUUUGUUGUGUUACAGCCUGAAUUUAAAAUUGAUUAAAUUGAGAUUUUGUGUCACUGGCCUACACACAAUACCUCAUAACGUCAAAGUGGAAUGAUGUUUUUAAUUUUUGUUACAAAUUAAUUAAAAAUGAAAAGCUGAAAUGUCUUGAGUCAAUAAGUAUUCAACCCCUUUGUUAUAGCAAGCCUAAAUAAUAUUUAACUAUUGCUUCACAAGUCACAUAAUAAGUUGCAUGGACUCACUCUGUGUGCAAUAAUAGUGUUUAACAUGAUUUUUUUAUGACUACCUCAUCUCUGUACCCCACACAUUGAAUUAUCUGUAAGGUCCCUCAGUCGAACAGUGAAUUUCAAAACACAGAUUCAACCAUAGACCAGGGAGGUUUUCCAGUGCCUCGCAAAGAAGGGCACCUAUUGGUAGAUGGGUAAAAAUAAAUUGACAUUUAAUAUCCCUUUGAGCAUGGUGAAGUUAUUAAUUACACCUUGGACGGUGGGAUUUCACCAUGAGGUCAAUGGUGACUUGAAAACAGUUACAGAGUUGAAUGGCUGUGAUAGGAGAAAACUGAGGAUGGUUCAACAACAUUGUAUUUACUCCACAAUACUAACCUAAUUGACAGAGUGAGAAGAAGGAAGCAUGUACAGAAUAAAAAUAUUCCAAAACAUGCAUCCUGUUUGCAACAAGGCACUAAAGUAAUACUGCAAAAAAUGUGGCAAAGCAAUUCACUUUUUGUCCUAAAUACAAAGUGUUAUGUUUGGGGCAAAUCCAAUCCAAUACAACACAUCACUGAGUACCACUCUUCAUAUUUUCAACCAUGGUGGUGUCUGCAUCAUGUUAUGGGGGUAUGCUUGUCAUCGGCAAGGACUAGGGAGUUUUUUUUAGGAUAAAAGGAAACGGAAUAGAGCUAAGCACAGGCAAAAUCCUAGAGGAAAACCUGGUUAUCUCCUUUCCAACAGACACUGGUAGACAAAUUCAACUUUCAGCAGGACAACAAUCUAAAACACAAGGCCAAAUCUACACUGGAGUUGCUUACCAAGAAGACAUUGAAUAUUCCUGUGUGGCCUAGUUACAGUUUUGACUUAAAUCGUCUUGAAAAUCUAUGGCAAGACUUGAAAAUGGCUGUCUAGCAAUUAUCAACAACUAACACUUGACAGAGCUGGAAGAAUCUUAAAAAUAAUAAUUUGCAAAUAUUGUACAAUCCUUGUGUUCAAAGCUCUCAGAGCACGUGUCAAACUCAUUCCACGGAGGGUCGAGUGUCUGCGGGUUUUCACUCCUCCCUUGUACUUAAUUGAUGAAUUAAGGUCACUGAUUAGUUAGGAAUUCUCCUCACCUGGCUGUCUAGGUCUUAAUUGGACACAUUAGAAGGAGAAACCAAAAACCAGCAGACACUCGGCCCUCCAUGGAAUGAGUUUGACACCCCUGUCUUAGAGACUUACCCAGAAAGACUCACAGCUGUAAUCGCUGCCAAAGGUGAUUCUAACAUGUAUUGACUCAGGGGUGUGAAUACUUAUGUAAAUGAGAUUUCUGUGUUUAAUUUUCACUAAAUUUGCAAACAUUUCUAAAAACAUGUUUUCACUUUGUCGUUAUGGGGGAUUGUGUGUACAUGGGUGAGAUAUAUAAAAAUAUUGAAUCAAUUUAGAAUUCAGGCUGUAACACAACAAAAUGUGGAAUAAGUCAAGGGGUAUGAAUACUUUCUGAAGGCGCUGUAGAUAGUUGUAGCAUGAUUCCAUAGUGUCAGUCAAGACUUAACUUAUUCAGGACCCUUCCAUCAUGACUGUACUUUCUAAUGUCAGGAUGACUUGGUGGAACAUUCCUGUGUGGCUUAACCCGCCAACUAAAAUGGCGUUUUUAGAGUUGUGGCGAUAUUGCGAUACUCAAUGUUUUUCAAAAGAAAACACGAAGCAUGCCAAACUCUUUGGUCCUUUUAAACCUGCUUUAUGUCAAAGUGUGUUCAUCUUUUGUUUCCUUGCCACGAUACUUCUGAGUAUCGCGAUACUAAUAUCGUCACAACCCUAGUAGUUUUGCUUACACCUGUGACAGUGACUGAGGAGUGCUUGAUUUAGUUGGGAGUUCAGUUUUCACUUUUGGGACUAUUCCAUUGGUUCCUUCCGUUGCACUGGUUAAUAACUGCACAUUAUGUUCUAAAUUUAUACAGAUGACACCUUUGUCACCGGAGGAUGGAGAUCCCGGUUGCUCUGGAGAGAAUGUAGCGGAGACUACUGUUGUGUUGCCAGGCAGUGACGAUGAAGAUGCCGCUGCGCUGACGGAUGAGGAGUUCUGGCAGUUCUCCAGGGAGCAGGAGGAAGAUGAGGAUGAUGAAAAGGCGUACACGAACUCAGUCCAGAGGAAACAGGGGAAACGGGUGAGAUUUGAUGGAAUUAAUAUCUGGAAUGCAACCAAAUGGGUAGCCUGUUGUAACUGGUCAUUACUAUACGAGAGGGAGGGUAUAUCAUGGAGGGAGGGUAUAUCAUGGAGGGAGGGAGGGAGGGUAUAUCAUGGAGGGAGGGAGGGAGGGUAUAUCAUGGAGGGAGGGAGGGAGGGAGGGAGGGAGGGUAUAUCAUGGAGGGAGGGAGGGUAUAUCAUGGAGGGAGGGAGGGAGGGAGGGAGGGUAUAUCAUGGAGGGAGGGAGGGUAUAUCAUGGAGGGAGGGAGGGAGGGUAUAUCAUGGAGGGAGGAAGGGAGGGAGGGAGGGUAUAUCAUGGAGGGGAGGGAGGGUAUAUCAUGGAGGGAGGGAGGGAGGGUAUAUCAUGGAGGGAGGGAGGGAGGGUAUAUCAUGGAGGGAGGGAGGGAGGGUAUAUCAUGGAGGGAGGGGAGGAGGGAGGGUAUAUCAUGGAGGGAGGGAGGGUAUAUCAUGGAGGGAGGGAGGGAGGGUAUUCAGGGGGUGAGGGGGUAUAUCAUAGGAGGGAGGGAGGGAGGGUAUAUCAUGGAGGGAGGGAGGGAGGGUAUAUCAUGGAGGGAGGGAGGGAGGGUAUAUCAUGGAGGGAGGGAGGGAGGGGGUAUCAUGGAGGGAGGGAGGGAGGGAAGGGUAUAUCAUGGAGGGAGGGGAGGGAGGGUAUAUCAUGGAGGGAGGGAGGGAGGGAUGGGGUAUAUCAUGGAGGGAGGAGGAGGGAGGGUAUAUCAUGGAGGAGAGGAGGGUAUAUCAUGGAGGGAGGGAGGGAGGGAGGGUAUAUCAUGGAGGGAGGGAGGGAGGGUAUAUCAUGGCGGGAGGGAGGGAGGGAGGGAGGGUAUAUCAUGGAGGGAGGGAGGGAGGGGUAUAUCAUGGAGGGAGGGAGGGAGGGAUUAUCAUGGCGGGAGGGAGGGAGGGAGGGUAUAUCAUGGAGGGAGGGAGGGAGGGUAUAUCAUGGAGGGAGGGAGGGUAUAUCAUGGAGGGAGGGAGGGAGGGUAUAUCAUGGAGGGAGGGAGGGAGGGUAUAUCAUGGAGGGAGGGAGGGAGGGAGGGUAUAUCAUGGGUGUUUGGUUGAGGAUGAACUAUUUUAUGAUGUUUAGAAUGAUUGAAUUGACUCCAGAUCUGUCCACACAGUUCUCUGCGAAGAAGUUCUUCAAAGUGCAAAGGAAAAAUAAAGGUGUGUAAAACAACGAGGAUAUUCAUUAGUAGUGUUGUCACGAUACCAACAUUUUACUAAUGAUACGAUACCAGGCCGUGUAUCACAGGGGAAAUAUUCAGUGGCCUAGACUCCUGUUCGCCCCGUCCCUCGGACGCUUGUUCCCGUUCUCUAAACGUUAUGCGCACAUGUAACACAAAAGACCUGCCACUGAUAGUCACACUUCUACUCAAUGCAACACAUUUUGAAUUUAACUUCACACUGUAUAACAGAAUACUGCAUACAAUGGCUAAUUUGUUCAUAUUUGCAAAGGCCUACCUGUGAUUUGGCUGGAGGAAUGGGAGGAAGGAAUAUACAUGCAUCAUGAUCUGCAUGUCAUUGUGUCAGUCAGGGGAAACCACUGCAUAAUGAUCUGCAUGUCAUUGUGUCAGUCAGGGGAAACCACUGCAUAAUGAUCUGCAUGUCAUUGUGUCAGUCAGGGGAAACCACUGCAUAAUGAUCUGCAUGUCAUUGUGUCAGUCAGGGGAAACCACUGGAUAAUGAUCUGCAUGUCAUUGUGUCAGUCAGGGGAAACCACUGGAUAAUGAUCUGCAUGUCAUUGUGUCAGUCAGGGGAAACCACUGCAUAAUGAUCUGCAUGUCAUUGUGUCAGUCAGGGGAAACCACUGCAUAAUGAUCUGCAUGUCAUUGUGUCAGUCAGGGGAAAACACUGCAUAAUGAUCUGCAUGUCAUUGUGUCAGUCAGGGGAAAACACUGCAUAAUGAUCUGCAUGUCAUUGUGUCAGUCAGGGGAAACCACUGCAUAAUGAUCUGCAUGUCAUUGUGUCAGUCAGGGGAAAACACUGCAUAAUGAUCUGCAUGUCAUUGUGUCAGUCAGGGGAAACCACUGCAUAAUGAUCUGCAUGUCAUUGUGUCAGUCAGGGGAAAACACUGGAUAAUGAUCUGCAUGUCAUUGUGUCAGUCAGGGGAAAACACUGCAUGAAACCUACUUUCCUCCUCAGUUAACACAGACACCCCCCUUCCUCACACACUCUCUCUGUCUCCCUCACUUUCAUAAACACACACACACCACUCUCUCUGUCUCCUCCACUCUCUCUGUCUCCUUCACUCUCUCUCUGUCUCCUUCACUCUCUCUGUCUCCUUCACACUCUCUCUGUCUCCUUCACUCUCUCUCUCUGUCUCCCUCACUCUCUCUCUCUCCCUCACUCUCUCUCUCUGUCUCCCUCACUCUCUCUCUCUGUCUCCCUCACUCUCUCUCUCUCUCACUCUCUCUCUCUCUCUGUCUCACUCUCUCUCUCUGUCUCACUCACUCUCUCUCUCUGUCUCCCUCACUCUCUCUCUCCGUCUCCCUCACUCUCUCUCCGUCUCCCUCACUCUCUCUCCGUCUCCCUCACUCUCUCUCUGUCUCCCUCACUUUCAUAAACACACACACACACACACACACACACACACACACACCACUCUCUCUCCUCUCCCACAAACAUACACACACUGCUCCCAACUUUAAAAACGUUACGCACCAAACAAUGUAAGGAGCACCAGAAAGAGAGAUUUUUGAUAUAGUUAACCCUAUAUGAAUAUACACUGCUCAAAAAAAUAAAAGGGAACACUUAAACAACACAAUGUAACUCCAAGUCAAUCACACUUCUGUGAAAUCAAACUGUCCACUUAGGAAGCAACACUGAUUGACAAUACAUUUCACAUGCUGUUGUGCAAAUGGAAUAGACAACAGGUGGAAAUUAUAGGCAUUUAGCAAGACACCCCCAAUAAAGGACUGGUUUUGCAGGUGGUGACCACAGACCACUUCUCAGUUCCUAUGCUUCCUGGCUGAUGUUUUGGUCACUUUUGAAUGCUGGCGGUGCUUUCACUCUAGUGGUAGCAUGAGACGGAGUCUACAACCCACACAAGUGGCUCAGGUAGUGCAGCUCAUCCAGGAUGGCACAUCAAUGCGAGCUGUGGCAAGAAGGUUUGCUGUGUCUGUCAGCGUAGUGUCCAGAGCAUGGAGGCGCUACCAGGAGACAGGCCAGUACAUCAGGAGACGUGGAGGAGGCCGUAGGAGGGCAACAACCCAGCAGCAGGACUGCUACCUCCGCCUUUGUGCAAGGAGGAGCAGGAAGAGCACUGCCAGAGCCCUGCAAAAUGACCUCCAGCAGGCCACAAAUGUGCAUGUGUCUGCUCAAACGGUCAGAAACAGCCUCCAUGAGGGUGGUAUGAGGGCCCGACGUCCACAGGUGGAGGUUGUGCUUACAGCCCAACACCGUGCAGGACGUUUGGCAUUUGCCAGAGAACACCAAGAUUGGCAAAUUCGCCGCUGGCGCCCUGUGCUCUUCACAGAUGAAAGCAGGUUCACACUGAGCACGUGACAGACGUGACAGAGUCUGGAGACGCCGUGGAGAACGUUCUGCUGCCUGCAACAUCCUCCAGCAUGACCGGUUUGGCGGUGGGUCAGUCAUGGUGUGGGGUGGCAUUUCUUUGGGGGGGCCGCACAGCCCUCCAUGUGCUCGCCAGAGGUAGCCUGACUGCCAUUAGGUACCGAGAUGAGAUCCUCAGACCCCUUGUGAGACCAUAUGCUGGUGCGGUUGGCCCUGGGUUCCUCCUAAUGCAAGACAAUGCUAGACCUCAUGUGGCUGGAGUGUGUCAGCAGUUCCUGCAAGAGGAAGGCAUUGAUGCUAUGUACUGGCCCGCCCAUUCCCCAGACCUGAAUCCAAUUGAGCACAUCUGGGACAUCAUGUCUCGCUCCAGCCACCAACGCCACGUUGCACCACAGACUGUCCAGGAGUUGGCGGAUGCUUUAGUCCAGGUCUGGGAGGAGAUCCCUCAGGAGACCAUCCGCCACCUCAUCAGGAGCAUGCCCAGGCGUUGUAGGGAGGUCAUACAGGCACGUGGAGGCCACACACACUACUGAGCCUCAUUUUGACUUGUUUUAAGGACAUUACAUCAAAGUUGGAUCAGCCUGUAGUGUGGUUUUCCACUUUAAUUUUGAGGGUGACUCCAAAUCCAGACCUCCAUGGGUUGAUCAAUUUGAUUUCCAUUGAUAAUUUUUGUGUGAUUUUUUUGUCAGCACAUUCAACUAUGUAAAGAAAAAAGUAUUUAAUAAGAUUAUUUCAUUCAUUCAGAUCUAGGAUGUGUUAUUUUUUUGAGCAGUGUAGUUAGCCCUUUAUGAAUCCUACCGGUAUAUCAUGCAACACUCACGUAUUUACAAUACUUUACACAUUUUGAAAAAUAUUAGUUAUUAAUGUGUUCAGUGAACCCUGGGCAAAAUAUCAGCGUGACAUAUGAAACAAUGCAUCUCAUUUUCCACAGCUGUGCAAACACGUCCUCAUGGAACCAGCGUCGAUGUCACUCCUGAGUAAGUCCACAUUCACUUCCCUGAUGAUUCCACAAACAGGAUGUCAAAAUGUCUAAAGGGGAUCGUAACAUAACCGGGAACUAACUACCUUUUGAGACAUCCAUCUUUUCUUAAAACUAUACUGAACAAAAAUAUAAACGCAACAUGUAAAGUGUUGGUCCCAUGUUUCAUGAGCUGAAAUAAAAAGAUCCCAAACAUACAAAAAGCUUAUUUCUCUCAAAUGUUGUACACACAUUUGUUUACAUCCCUGUUAGUGAGCAUUUCUCCUUUGCCAAGAUAAUCCAUCCACCUGACAGGUGUGGCAUAUCAAGAAGCUGAUUAAACAGCAUGAUCAUUACACAGGUGCACCUUGUGCUGGUAACAAAAGGCCACUCUAAAAUGUGCCGUUUUGUCACACAACCCAAUGCCACAGAUAUCCCAAGUUGAGGGAGCGUGCAAUUAGCAUGCUGACUGCAGGAAUGUCCACCUCAGUGGUUGCCAGAAUUUAAUGUUAAUUUCUCUACCAUAAGCCGCCACUGUCGUUUUAGAGAAUUUGGCAGUACAUCCAACCGGCCUCACAACAGUACACCACGUGUAACCAACGCAGCCCACAUCCAGCUUCUUCACGUCUAAGAACCACCACCCGGACAGCUGAUGAAACUGUGGGUUUGCACAACCAAAUAAUUUCUGCACAAACAGUGACAAACCGUCUCAGGGAAGCUCAUCGUAUUCACCAGGGUCUUAACCUGACUGCAGUUCGGCAUCGUAACCAACUUCAGUGGGCAAAUGCUCACCUUCGAUGGCCACUGGCACGCUGGAGAAGUGUGCUCUUCGCAGAUAAAUCCCGGUUUCAACUGUGAACCGAGCUGGCAGUGGGGUUAGGGUAUGGGCAGGCAUAAGCUAUGGACAAUGAACACAACUGCAUUUUAUCGAUGGCAAUUUGAAUGCACAGAGAUACCGUGACAAGAUCCUGAGGCCCAUUGUCGUGCCAUUCAUCCGCCGCCAUCACCUCAUGUUACAGCAUGAUAAUGCACAGCCCCAUGUCGCAAGGAUCUGUACACAAUUCCUGGAAGCUGAAAAUAUCCCAGUUCUUCCAUGGCCUGCAUACUCACCAAUGAUAGGAGGCCGUCUGCGCUCUUUUAAAGGUCCUUACUACUGAAUAGUGUCUGUUCCAGGUGCGUAGGAGUCAAAUAAGAAUACUGGAAAAGAUGGAGACCAGCAUAAUGUCAAAAAAUGAAUAAAUCCAAAACUGAGGCUUGAAUGCAAAAUAAAGAUGUUUAUUAAAACAUCAUGGUGCCCAAAAAAUCAUAGUGCAUAAAUGAAAGGUGAAAACAAAACAGAUGUUUCGGCCUAAGGCCAUCCUCAGUGUAAAUUGUUGGCACACACACCUGGCUUUUACUUCAAGUAUAAUUGCAUAUGUCACAUCUUUAUUUUGCAUUCAAGCAUCAGUUUUGGAUUUAUUCCUAUUUUUCGACUGUGCCUCCAUCUCUUCCUGCAUACUCACCAGACAUGUCACCCAUUGAGCACGUUUGGGAUGCUCUGGAUCGACGUGUACGACGGCGUGUUCCAGUUCCCGCCAAUAUCCAGCAACAUUGCACAGCCAUUGAAGAGGAGUGGGACAACAUUCCACAAUCAACAGCCUGAUCACCCCUAUGCGAAGGAGAUGUGUCGCGCUGCAUGAGGCAAAUGGUGGUCACACCAGAUACUGACUGGUUUUCUGAUCAACACCCAUACUUUAUCUCUAUGCCCAGUCAUGUGAAAUCCAUAGAUUAGGGCCUAAUUUAUUUAUUUAAAUUGACUGAUUUCCUUAUAUGAACUGUAACUCAGUCAAAUCUUUUAAAUUGUUGCAUGUUACGUUUGUUUUUGUUCAGUGUAGUCUUAAGUGGCUUUUACAUUAACAGCACUUUGUGAUGAGCACAAUUUAGUUAAUUGUCACUUCACCUCCAUCCACAGGAAUGGUGACUUGUGUGUGAACAGAGACUGUCUCCUGCAGCUCUUCCGGUUGUGCAGGAAGUGUGGAUUUGAGUGCGAGGUCAGCUUGCAGGGCCAACAGAGGAGCUUCUCUGUCAUUCAGACGUGCCCAGUAUGCAGUCACACCAGGAAGUGGAUGAGCCAGCCUUCUGUUGCCGAGGAAACCUCUAGAGAAAGAGAGAAGGAGCUACUGAAUGGAGAGGUGGGUAUUUAGCUAUUUACCCAAAACACACCAUCACAGAACAUUUAUAGAAUGAUGUAGACAUGCUAAUAGCUGAUAGUGAAAUGUGUGUUUGUUUCUUUUCGUGAGGAACCAUGUAAGGACGGAGACCAGGAUGACAGUUGUUCGUUGACGAUGGAAAUCACUGAGGAGAUCUGUGACUAUGAUGAGGAAAGCGGUCAGUCCUCGGAGAGGGAGAACAAGAGGAAAAGGGGGAAGGAGAGAUCAGAUGAGACCGAGUGGGAGCCGUCUGAUGAGGAAGACAUUGUAAUGGACUCUGAUUCUUCUGAGGAUUUGGAAACGGCAGGUUCCUCUGGUCUAACAGAAGAGGCCAACAUUGAUAAUUGUCAGACCGGAAUAGAGAAAGAAGAGAGACUUGUGGAGUGGUGCACUGACUGUGGAGCCGAGCCUGUACUCGCCUGCACCACACAGCGCCAUAAGAAGCUGUACGCCUGUGGUGUGUGUGUGAGUGAGGUCCAACAAGCUGUUGGAUUUGACCAAUUCUACAUGCGCUUCGAGGACCCGGCCAGCUUCAAGGAACAUGUACGACGUCAACACAACACAAAACCUCAUUGGUUGCUCUGUACAGACUGCGGCAAGCGUCACUUCAAGAAGGAUCAUUUGUGCGAGCACAAGAUCAAGAGGCUCCGCUGUCGAGACUGUGGUAAACGCUGUCUGAGUGAGCAGGGUCUGUGGAGUCACAGACGUCUCCAUCAGAAAGGCCGUGUUUACCCAUGUAAGUUCUGCCUCAAGCCAUUCAGGACCAAACAGGACAAGCUUACCCACGAAGAGAACCAUCGGCAUCCUUAUCAGUGCUCAGAAUGCUCAGAAAUAUUCAAGAACAUUAGACUACGGAACAGACACCUUCAGAGCCACAGAGGUCCAAAGACAGCCGUCCACAGUGGCCAGAAGCCCCACACGUGCCAGGUCUGCCAACGCUCCUAUGCCCAGCUGCGCCACCUCAAGUCCCACAUGCGCAUCCACACAGCGGAGCGGCCCUUCAAGUGCCAGCAGUGUGAGAAGUUCUUCAAUCACAACGUCAGUCUGAAGAACCACUUCCAACGCCAUCAUGGCCCCGGCUCGAGGGAGAGUCGGGAGCAGGAGAGAGAGGAGGAGGAGAGAGAGCGCAAGCGUCACUUCAAGAAGGAUAAUUUGUGUGAGCACAAGCUCAAGAAGCUCUGCUGUCUAGACUGUGGUAAACGCUGUCUGAGUGAACAGGGUCUGAAGUGUCACAGACGUCUCCAUCAGAAAGGCCGUGUUUACCCAUGUAAGUUCUGCCUCAAGCCAUUCAGGACCAAACAGGACAAGCUUACCCACGAGGAGAACCAUCGGCAUCCUUAUCAGUGCUCAGAAUGCUCAGAAAGAUUCAAGAACAUUAGACUACGGGACAGACACCUUCAGAGCCACAGAGGUCCAAAGAGAUACAUUUGUGACAUCUGCGACAAACGUUUCUUCCAGCUUAAACACCUCCAGAAACAUACAGCCGUUCACAGUAGGCAGAGACCCCACAUGUGCCAGCUGUGCCAACGCUCGUUCACCGAAAAGAGACACCUCAGGGCCCACAUGCGCUCCAAGUGCCAGCAGUGUGACCAGUGUUUCAAUCGCAUAGUCCAUCUGAAGAUCCACAUCCAACGGCAUCAUGGCCCCGGCUCUCAGAAGCAGGGAGAGAGAGAAGGAGGGGGAGAGUCAGGAACCAAACUGUAG